UUUGCUGCUGAGGGAAAAGCAGAGUUAUUAGGAAGCAGAAAAUGGGACCGGCUGCCACCUCGCUCGCUCUCCUGUGUUUAUGUUCUCUGGGUGCGAGUGUUCCUACGGGGACGUCCGACGCUGCACCAACACAGGCUUCUCUGCCAGAGGUGAAGAAAGCAAGAGGGGAUGUUCCAGACAUUCUUCCAGAGCCUGAACCAGAGCCGACCAGCCCAGUGUCAGACUUUGAAAACUCAUACAACUACGUCUUAUCCAGACUGGCCGGUAUGGACCAGGCGAUCCACAAGCUGAAUGUUGGUCACUACACUCUGGAUGUUAAAGUCAGUCAGCUGAUGGACCGUCUGUCCAGGAUGGAUGCUAAAGUCGGGGAGCUGGAGGACAGCAUCCGGGAGGUCUACCAGCACAGCAAGAACAACCGCAAGGAGAUUGGAAGACUGGAAGGUUGUGAAAAGGGGCGCAGGAUGGGAUACAAAUGUUAUCUAGUGUACAACAGCUAUGAGGAUUACGCUGGAGCGUCCAGAAAGUGUUUGGAGCGCGGCGGCCGCAUGGCAAUGCCCCGUGACCGCAAGGAGCAGGAGGCACUGGCCGACUACGUCAAGUCUUUCUUCCACCCGGGGAACUGGCCCGUCUGGCUGGGCAUUAACGACCUGCGAUCUGAGGGCAUGUACCUUUUUGAAGAUGGGACGCGAGUCUCGUACUUCCAGUGGCGCAAGCACUUCCUGUCCAGCCAGCCGGACGGGGGCAGGCGGGAGAACUGUGUGGCGAUGUCGUCAGACGACGGCGACUGGUGGGACCACUACUGUGAUCGGACCAUGAACUAUCUCUGCGAGUUCGAUGACAGGGUGGCGCUUUAAAAUUAACACUUUCCACGGUAGCUUCACUCUCCCACCACUUUACUACUUUCUUAAGCUUUGACCUCCAGUUGUUUAUGAUUAUAAAUAAAAGUCCAGUAUAUUUUCAAAUAACUUAUUUCCCUUUAAAAGACACUUUAAACAUACCUGGAUUGGUUGCUUUCAAAGGUGAAGAAGUCUUUCUUUCUCAAUUAGAAACCAACUGUUUUAAUAUAAAUAGCCAGUAUAAUUUAAUUUGAAUAUACAAUUCGUGUAGCAUUGUUUAAGUAUCAAUAUAUAAUAUUUCACAGAAUUUUAGGUUUUUAAGGUGAAACUUGUGUCUCACAUGCGCACAAAUGUAUGUAUUACUAUUUAACUUCUGAAAGUACAGAAUAACACUUUAUCAGAUUAUGUUACUAAUAUAAAUAUUGUAUUAUUCAUGCAGCUGCAGUGAUAUGAAUGUAAGCCAGUCAGGACUCUGCUGUGAUUUCAUGCACAGAAUUCUAAAUAUUUGUACAAAGUUUCCAAAAAAAAAAAAAAAGGG